AGGGAUCUUACCGCUGCAAUGGCAGUGAGCCCACCCCUCGGUUGCGACAGUCGUUGCUGCCAAUCCGCCACAAGAUCACGCCGAAGCUCUUCCCGCCACGCACUUAUCUGGCACAGCAGCGGAGUUUCGCCCCUGCGAUGUGUCUCCGCGCGCGAGCACCUUCGCCUCCAGAUCCCAUGGCGGUUAUCCGGCAAGAAGGUUCGCCGCCUACCUGGAGAUCGUGCGGUGCGGACGUGAGUAGCGCCCGAGCGGGCCGCCGCAUAAGGUUCGGCGCCCACACAGGGACGCCGUAGAGGGCCAUGGACCGCACGACCCCGGCGUAUAACCGCCGGGGACUAUAUUUAGUUACAAUUGGUGGUGAUGAAACCCUUGUGGGUCGAUCUUGUGAUUAAACCCCUGUUUUCAUUUUUGACGGAUGUAGAUGAUUUUAGUAGAUGGUAUUCCUAAUAGAGUUGGAGAGUUGGGAUCAUAGAGUUUGGGAUACUACAAUACUAUCACAAUCCAUAAUUUUGUCAUUCCUAUUGUCAUUUUUGAUGAUAAAAACUGUUGCAAUAAAUUGUACCUAAAAUGUUCAAGAAUUACAAAGAUCUGUGUGAUGUGGUAUCCCUUCUUGUGUAUUGUCCCAGCGAGCGAUGUUAUUUGUUCACAAAGGAGGCGAGUGGUGAAACAUGGCUGCCAUCCAGCAAAUGCGAGAAGAAUUGCUGGAAGAUGACCGCUCAUAAGAUUAAUUUUGAGUUGUUCGGCAUAGACGCUGGUACCAACUGCCAUCCUCUGCGGGUAUACAAGAUCUGGCUGCCGAACCAUUCACUUAACUGCGUGUAUCAUGCGGUCUACAAAGUGGCCAUCAAAGCCGACGUGAAAAAGCGGCUCAAAUAUAAGGCUGAGGUAGAAUCUGGCUCGUUGAUCGAAAUCUGUGAGGAGAAUAUAGUGAUUGGACAAGACGUUGCUGGUGGGGCAGUGGCCAUGGCCUCCCCUAACCUGCAGCUGCUACAAACUGCCGGCUACACGCGAGAAGAUCAAAUUAGAAUUUACCGAGAGUUCGUGCUCAUGGUCUACCCAGCUAUUUACAUGAGCGUUAACAUCUUCAGUCAGUUUAUGGUAGAUCUUGGUUGGCAGAGGACUCAGUGCCAAAAUCUGUUCAGAGCGGCAGAUGUAACUGGACGUGGAGGACUAUCAUUUCUAGAGCUGAUGCUGUGGGCAGCUGCGCUGGAACCAGCCACUCAGCACACAGGCAUACCAGCUGAAAUAAGGUGCAGAUACAUAUUCAGGUACUUUGAUAGUAACCGCGACCUGAAGCUGGAAUAUGUAGAGUUCAAGGAGCUGGUGGCAGCUGCCCGCGCCGCGCGACAACUACCCAUCGAUGCCCUUAGUGUGGCGAGAGAUGCUGAUGUCUGUCUAAGACAACUAGGAAUGCAGCCAAACUCCCAGCUGCCUCUAGCUGAGUUUCUUCGAGGAGUUGGUGAGCUCCGCCUGAGAGGAACAAGCUCCCUAUUGCGGGCACCCAGGAGUAUCUCCGCUUACAUUGUGGAUUUGCAAGUACGUGAACAAGAAACGUCACAACCUUCAACCUCGACUACAAUGAAAAUUCAAGCUGGAGCAGCUGCGCUGGCCCACCAAGCCCCGGGCUCGGCCGGGGCUGCGGCCGGCCGCCGCGCCGUGCGCCCCGACUACAGCGUGGCAGUCUACACCGUGCGCAUGCGACGCCGCCCGCCCAACGAACUGCUCGAACUCAAUAACUUUGACGAGGACGCAGUCAGCCCGUCGACCGCUCACCUGAUGGUGAACGCGGUGCACUCGUUCGACGUGCUCGGGCCCAGCUGUGCGCCUGUAGAGGCUCUGGCCGCUGUACACUACUUCGCUACUAAUGUUGAAAGGCCACAUCAGCGGCGGCCAUCAGGCGGCAGUACUGUGAACAUGGUGAAGCCGGCGUGGACCUGGACCACGCCGGCAGAGGAGGCUGCGCUUGGCUCCCUCCUGCUGCGUCUGGCUGAAGCUGUUAAACCUAUCUGUGCUAACGAGCCCAGAGUACUACGUCUGUCCUCGCCUGUCUAUGCCGUGAUCUACACGGAAAUUUAAGCGCGUUACUGACAAUGGAGGCGGCGCUAUGGCCGUCAGGCCCUGCACUAGCAGCCGCGCGCAU